UAUUCAAUUUUGACGAUGCAAAUAACUAAAUUGAGAACACAAACUAAAUUGAGUUUAACUAUAGUCACAUUACUAUUAAUUUUUGCAGAAACAUGGGCGCAGGCGCCCAAAGGUUUAUCCGUUUCCAGCCAUGAUAUUACCGUAUUAAUUAAUAAAUCCGAAACCGUUCAUAUUUAUGUUAAUGAACCAUUGGAUCAGGAUGUCACUGUCAUUCUAAAGCCGCAGCAUGACAAUUUAACAUUAAUAGAGCCAACACGUUUUGAGUUUAAUGCUGGCAGUCUACAAAAUCAAACUAUCGUUGUAAUAGGUUUGAAGCCGGGACAUUUAGAAGUAACGGCCGAUAGUGAACCGAAUGAAACGUGGCUUGUUAAAGAUGUAUUUCUACGUAUUACUGUUGCCAACUCCGAAGCCAUUAUUUACACUUCAUUGAUCUUUGGUUGGGUGUAUUUUGUAGCCUGGUCAGUGUCCUUUUAUCCCCAAAUAUGGGACAACUACCGUCGAAAGUCUGUGGUGGGCUUAAAUUUUGACUUUGUCUUCAUGAAUUUAUUGGGCUUUUCUUUAUAUUCAAUAUUCAAUUGUGGCCUAUAUUGGAUACCAGAAAUACAAGCUGAAUAUACCAAUCGUUAUCCUCGUGGUCUCAAUCCUGUUAUGUUAAACGAUGUUGUAUUUUCAUUGCAUGCCAUGUUUGCCACCAUCAUAACAAUUUAUCAAUGUUACGCUUAUGAGCGCGGUGAACAACGGAUUUCUAAAACAGCUACUGGUCUUUUAAGUUUAUUUGUAAUAUUUGUAAUAAUUUCAUGUGGUUUAGCAGCUGGUAAUGUUAUACAUUGGUUGGACUUUUUAUACUAUUGCAGUUAUGUGAAAUUAACAAUUACAAUUAUAAAAUAUGUGCCACAGGCUUUAAUGAAUUAUCGUCGUAAAAGUACUAUCGGCUGGAGUAUUGGUAAUAUAUUGUUAGAUUUUACAGGUGGCACAUUGAGUAUGCUGCAAAUGAUACUUAAUGCUUAUAAUUAUGAUGAUUGGGUAUCAAUAUUUGGUGAUCCUACCAAAUUUGGUCUGGGUCUAUUUUCGGUAUUAUUUGAUAUAUUCUUUAUGUUACAGCAUUAUGUGUUUUACAGGCACUCUAGUGAUAUUUCCAAAUCCAAUGAAACCGUGGAAUCUGUAGUAUCACCCUCUACUGUACCUUCUACCGUUUCUCUUACAGUUAACGAUCAAAAAGAACAAAUUUAGUUUUUAACGAAUUUAGCUAUUUAGAAUUAAUUAUGUAAAUUUUUUUAUUUUUUUUACAACCAACAAUGUGUGUAAAAUUGUUUAUUUUGUUUACAACAUUGUACAAAUGUUUAAGUCAUAAAUUGUAAUUUUUAUUUAUACAAGUAUGUACGUAUAGAUUUUGUAAACUUAGGUAAUUUGUAAAUUAUUAUAUUGUAUGUUUUAUUUAUAUUGUUUUCUACUACUUUUAGAUAUUAAACUUUUUAUUUAGUAAACUA